CGGCACUCCGCCCAAAUGCCCUCGUAGCCGACCACCAGAGCCACAGACUAAUCUGGCUCUUCAGGGAAUCACCAGGACGACACCAUGGCCAAGGAUCUCAGUCCCGCAGAUGCCCUCCUGGCAGGCAUCGACACCCUGCCUGGCAAGAGUCUACUUGCUGCCGGAGGCGUGGCUCUGUCUCUCUACUUGUUGUACCGCCAGGCCCUUCCAAAACCGCUCCCAGGCAUUCCCUUUGACGAGGAGUCCGCGAAGCGUAUCCUGGGCGAUGUCCCCUACCUCCAAGCCAUGAAGGAUCAAGGGCUCGCGGCCCGCAUGUUCUGGCCUGAGCAGUUUGACAAGUACGGUACUGCCGUCUCCCAGUACUUCAUGGGCCCCACGCAGAAGGCUGCCGUGGCGCUCGGCGACUAUCGAGAAGUUCAUGACCUCCUCCUUCGACACGGCAAGGACUUGUGCCGGGGCCCGCUGGUUGCCUCGGUGUGGCAUGGUGUCAUGCCUGCCCACUUCAUUGGCAUGGAAGAGGACAACCCGGCGUUCAAAGCCGCCAAGGCGUUGGGCAAGGACUUGAUGACGCCCUCUUUUCUACACGAGGUUAAUGCUCCUGCAUCUUACCAAAAAGUCCUAAGCAUUGUAAAGCUCUGGCAGUUCAAGUCAGAGCUGGCGGAGGGUCGUGCUUUCGACGCCGCUGUGGAUCUGGGAUACCUCACCUACGACAUCAUCACGGCUGCCGCGCUGAACAUUGACGACAACGACACUCAGAUCAGGAAGUACAUCAGAGAACUCGGGGAGCUGAAGCAACCUGCCACGGUGCCCGCCAGCACCACUGAGCCGGCCGAGUUCCCUCCCUCCGAGCUGACAGACAUGCUCAGCGCGCUUUUUACCAUUGCUGGGGCAUCCGGCAAAGCAUUCCAGGUCCCGUCGCCCAAAUUGUUCCACCUGUUCAACAACAGGACGGCCAAGAUGAAAAAGGCAUACCACGAUCGAGACACAAUCAUAAGAUCCUACAUUGGCGAUGCGGUGCGUCGUCUGCAGGAGGAAGGAGACAACUUCAAGCCUACCUCGGCAAUGGACUUUAUUGUCAUGCGCGAAGCGGCCGCGGCGAAGAAGGAGAACCGAGCACCGGAUUUCUACUCGGACACAGUGGUCCAGGUUACCUUUGGGUACCUCUUGGGCGGGCAAGAUUCUACACAUGCCACCUUGAGCUUCCUUGUCAAGCGGAUUGGAGCCAACCAGGCGGUGCAGACCAGGCUCCGAGACACACUCCGGAAGGCCUUCCCUGAGGCAUGGAGCCAACGGGCGCAGCCUCCUCUGCAGGAACUCGUCAAAGCCCAGAUCCCUUAUCUCGAUGCCGUGAUCGAAGAAGUGCUGCGGAUCGACCCGCCCGCGGUCGGAAUCACGAGAGAGACGAAGAAGGAGAUCAAGAUCCUCGGCCACACGAUCCCCAAGGACACGGUCCUAUUCCUGAGCUUCAUGGGCCCCACGUACACCUCCAAGGGCUUCUUGCCGGAGAAGACCGGUGAGGCGCUGCGCAGCGAGUCGUCGCGCAGCCACGCCGGCGCGUACGAUGUCGACGACUGGACCAAGAGCGGGUACCCGGCCGACGAGUACCACCCUGACCGGUGGCUCAAGGAGUCGGAGGACGGCAGCGGCGAGCUCACCUUCAACCCGCGCGCGGGGCCCUUCCUGACCUUCAGCACCGGCACCAGGGUCUGCUGGGGCAAGCGGCUCGCGUACCUCGAGCUCAAGCUCGUCGUGACGGUGCUCGUGUGGAACUUUGUGUUUGAGCGGCUCCCCGAGAAUCUCGAGGACUGGGUGUACGACGAGGACUUGUUCAUGAAGCCCAAGAACUGCCGCGUGAAGCUGUCGAGUGCCUGGGAUGUGUAGGGGGGUUUCCUCGUGCCGGGAACAAGGCGCCCCGAUCUCAUAUGGGGGAAAUUGUGUGUCUGCGGAGAUGUUGGGGGUUAAUGCGUGUGCAACGCUUUCGUUCUGUAGAUUCGCAGGCUGGCCGAGUGCACCAGCUAGCAAUAUUUCAUGUUUUCCAAUCUUGAUUUCUAUUUAUGGUUCCAAG